GGUAAAUUCUUCCUGGAGGAUCCGAGUGGCACAGUUCAGCUCAAUCUAUCAAAGGCACAGUUCCACAGUGGUCUGUACACCGAGUCGUGUUUCGUCCUCGCUGAGGGAUGGUACGAGGACUCUGUGUUUCAUGUGAACGCUUUCGGGUUUCCACCUACAGAACCAUCCUCUGUUACCAGGGCUUAUUAUGGCAACAUAAACUUCUUCGGUGGGCCGUCCACCACUGCGGUCAAAGCAUCAGCCAAACUAAAGCAGCUGGAGGAAGAGAAUGAAGACGCCAUGUUUGUUAUCGUGUCGGACGUGUGGUUGGACAGUGUGGAGGUUCUAGAGAAGAUUCACACCAUGUUCUCAGGUUACUCUGCGAUGCCCCCCACCUGCUUCAUCUUCUGUGGGAGUUUUUCUUCUGCUCCUUACGGCAAAAACCAGAUAAAAACACUUAAAGAGUCGUUUAAAGCACUUGCGGAUCUCAUUUGUGAAUAUCCCAGCAUUCAUAGCAGCAGUCGUUUUGUGUUUGUUCCUGGUCCAGAAGACCCCGGGCCCGGUAAUGUCCUACCCAGACCUCCUUUAGCUGAACACAUCACAGAAGAAUUUCGACAGCGAGUGCCGUUCUCUGUGUUCACCACCAACCCCUGCAGAAUACAGUACUGCAGUCAAGAGAUGGUGGUGAUUCGAGAAGAUCUCGUCAAUAAGAUGUGCCGAAACUGUGUACGACUUCCCAGCAACAACCUGGACAUCCCAUCCCAC